GGAAAGAACCUAAGGCAACGCGUUCUGCCUGCUUGCCUCUUCUAUCUUGCUCAAGACACUGUCUUGUGCCCUGCUUUUCCGCGCAAGAAAUCACAUCUGUGUCUACGACACUACCCUGAUAUACCUUACCUUGCUACGAACACCAACCUCACUCACCUUCGCCCUAGCAGUGUGCGAAAAGACGCGCAUCUAGCGAUCGACAGGGAUCACCGCUCACUACCACUCCGAGCCGGUUUCCGACUCCCAUCUUGGCCCUUUCUCCUCUGCAGGCUUCUCCAACUCUCCAGUUGCACCUGUGGACCUUUACGGUGUACCCGCACACAGGCCGCAUUCCCCACGGAGGAAUUAUUUCGUCCUACCUGGAACAAACACUCCCAAAAAACCGCCCCCAACCAACAAUACAGGAGACCCCAGAAACCGCUGCACGUCAACCGCACCGCUUUCCCGGGAACUACCUAUCCAAGUGAAUCCAGAGAGAAAGACAUACUUGGUCACUCCCUUUUCCUUCUCCUCCUUCUCCUCAACAAGGUUGGUACACUGCUUUGCGCAUCCUCCAAUCCCCUCCCCCUUCCUUAUAAUGUAGCCUUCCUCACCCCCCUCGUUGAGUUGUAUUCCACGACUCAGCCUCACAGCCGCUUCUUCCGCCACACAUUUAUUAUACAUGGCAUCCCCGCCCUCUUCCGUUCACUCUCCUUGCAUCGCAUCCAUUCACUUGCUCUUCUCUACCUCCCUUGUUCCUUUCACUCCUGUGUCGCGGAUAUCAUAUCUGACUGGCUCAAAUCCAAGCAGUCGACUGUCACUGUAAAGGGUCCGACAACCACCGCAGCAAAGAAUCCCACCUGUCUCCGACCCGUCCGAACCGGCGGCAACCCAUUUCGUCCGUCGCACUUUCUCACGCACUCUCGAGCGUCACCGCCAAUACUUCAAUCCGCCAUCCCGCCUACCUAUACUAGUGGGCACUUCACAGCAAGCAAGCAGACCAGGAAGCAAGCAUCAGCAGUGCCAAGUACGGUAGCAAUACCAAGAAAUCAGCACACCAUCUUUUCCUGGUAUUGGACCCCUCCCUUCUCUUUCUAUCGACAAGAGCUACUUUCCACCACCACCACUACCACCACCACCGUUAUCCUCACGCUCACCUCUAUUUCCUUCUUGUGCAACGUCAAGCGUCAGGCGGAAAGCCGAGCCAAAGCGUUGUUCUCGUCACCUCUCGAAAGGAACAGCAGCUACCGUGUAAAGUCGGGAGACUGA